GAAUUUAUAUGUUUAAAUGAAUAAUAUGACAUUUUUAAAACAAAUUGGUAAUUUAAAAAUGUCUGCUAAAUUAAUUUAUAUGGCAUCAAGAAAUAAAACUAUUCGAUUUUAUGCUACUUACAAUACAUUUUAUAAAUUGAGUAAUUUAAAAUUAGCAUUUUCUUGCCAAUAUUUACAUAAAAAAUACCGUUAUUAUUCUUUUAAAUCUGAUGACACUGACAGCGAUGCUGAAGAUAAUGAAUAUAAACGUGACAUUAAAAACAUUAUAUUACCCAGAACUAAUGAUUUAUUAACAAUCAAAAUUAGUGAAUCAAAAUCUUUACAUGAUAUUUUUGAGUUAAUACAACAUAACAAAAGUCAAUUGAAUUGGGAAAAUAUUUCAAUGGCCAUUGCAAUGAUUAGAGAACUUCAAAUAAUAUAUUAUCGAGUGUGCAUGCACGAAAAGAAUCUUAAUUGUUCCAAUAUAAUUUUUGAAAAUAAAUUUGAAAAUAUUUUAACAAAUAAUGAUUUUUUAAACUUAUUAAAUCUAUUAGAAAAACAUCAUUUGUUCAUGGACAUUCAAUGUUUAUCUUAUAGUAUAUUAUGUUUAUAUAAAAUUGGUGUUAAUUUAAAUUGUAAAGUUAACCAAACACUAUCACUAAAACUCAAAGAAUUAUUAAUGACUACUCCAAUAGAAGAAAUACCAACUUGCAUACUCUCAAGAUUUACAGUAUCAACUGUAAGCCAAAGAGACCUCUCAGGAUUAUAUAUUCUUAAAGAUGUUUGGCCUAUAAUUUUAAAAAAAAUUAAUUCAUGCGAAACUUUUGAAGAUAUAAAACAUGUUUCAAUAUGUAUGUAUAAUUUACCAUGGUUUUUAAAUAAAUCUACCAUGAACAAAUAUGUUAAGAAAGUUGAACAAAUUUUAUUUAAUAAUAAACCCCAGGAUGAUGAAAAAGUAAAAUGUAUUAUAAAAGUACUUAGAUUAUUAAACAGUCCUUACUGGGCUAAUCAAAACAUUGACCUCAUUAGGUCUUUAUUACUUGCACUACAAGAUAAAAUUCAGCAUAUUGCACUCUAUGAUAUGAUACAACUACAAAUGAUUAUUGUGAAGCAAUUUGAACCAUACCAAUUAUUUGAGGAAAUAAAUCAAGUGACAUCUAAAUGGUUAUCUAAAGCUGAAGUUGAUGCUGAUGUUACUGUAUUACGAUUAUUAUCUUGUAUAGUUCCAUCUUCUUCUCCAUCUCGUCGAAAACAUAUAGAAGGCCUUUUAAAAAAACAAUUUGUGUUAAAUAAUAAUUUUUCACAAUUAUGUAUUGGACCUUUAUUCAAUAUAAUUAGAAAUCUAAAAACAUCUGAUGUACAUCUUUGUGAUGUAUACUGGUCAAGUGUAGUAGAUUGGUUAAGUUCUGACAAUUCUUCUCUUCGCGAACAUCAUAAAUUAUUGCGAAUAUGUAACAGGUACAUGAAUUUCAAUAACAAUAUGGCUGGGACAUAUAGGAAUUAUAAGUUUGAAAAUCAAAUGAUUAUAUGGUUGAAUGAAGAAUUAGACCAUGGUGUGUCAGGAAUAGUUCCAUCUAGGUUUAGCAAGAUAUUUUCAUUUUUUAUAAGUUAUCCUAAUGCCAAAAUUGGGUAUGAAAUACCUGAACCAUGGGUCAAAAAGAUAUUAAAUAGUAUUGGCCAAUAUAAUGUUUAUGAUUGUUACAUUAUUAGUAGAGGACUUAAUACUGCUUUUGUAAAUCGAAAAAAGAAAGUAUCAUUAGUGAUGUUCUUAGAUCAAUAUGUAAGGCUUUGCACAGCACUUAACAAAAGAUGUCUAGAAAUAUUAAAUCAGGAACCUAACUUAAAUAUUAAUCAACUGAAUUCUAUGUAUCGUGGGUAUAAUCAUCGACUUAAUAUGAAUGACCCAGAAUUAUUUUAUAAAAUACUUGAUAGGUAUAAAAUUAUAAAAUCUGAAGAUUUAUCGUCUAGGACUAUAAGAGAGGUCAUUUAUAAUUUAGUUGUAUCAGACUGGUAUGAUGGUGAAUUAUUAGACAAAUGUCUAAAAUACUAUAUCAAAAAUUAUAAAUACUUAUUGGCAGAAAAUAUAGAAAAAAUAUUAACAUUCUUUUUUUUAUAUGGAGCCAAUAGCGAAACAUUUAUAGUCUUUUUACCUUGUGCUGUUGAAGUCAUUAAUAGGGAUAAAUUUAAAAUGUCUGGUUUAAAUUUUAUGAGAGCAUGUCUUGCAUUAUGUUAUUUUUAUAGUCUACCUAAAUCCAUAGCUGAUUAUUUAUUUAGUGUUGAAUUUUUAGAAAAAUUAGAUGACGAAUUAAAUAAUUGUUAUGCAAAGGCGACUUAUCCAAUUAAAGUAAGACAAAUAUUAAUGCUAUUAAAUAGAGCUGUGUGUAUUGAUAAUCCAGAAUUUGAUGUACCAUGGUUUCAUACAAAAUAUUGUGAAGAAAUUCAAUCAUUGGUUCAUAAAAACACGAGUUCAUUUUAUUUAGACGUAGAAAAAAAACUUAAUCAAUUAAUUAACAAUAAAGGUUAUUUAAAAACAAACUCAUUUUCUCCAUAUGGAUAUAAAUUGGAUUUUGAAAUACUGCUUAAUACUUCAGAGAAAUCAAAUAAUAUUUUCAAAAAUGAAAAGAUAAUUUUGCUCCUUUUAAAUGAAAAAGAUCUACGAAAAACUGACAAUGAAAUAAGGGGUCUUCAUAAACUAAAACAAAGGCAUUUGGAAAUACUUGGAUAUAAGGUUAUAUGGAUUAAAAAAUCUAUCUGGAAUUCCAUGUUUAUGACUGAACCAGAAGCCAAAUUAUCUUAUUUAAAAAGUUUAAUUUGGUCAAAAUCCUGAAAAUAUAGUU